GCAGUGCCACCAUGACGACACUCCCUCCCCUCUUUCUCUCUCUCGUACCCUGCGCGCUUUUACGUGCGAAGAUAGCAAGGCAUCCACCGCAUCAAAAGAAAGGCCAGGCGAAGAGGUUAACGAAUCCGUCUUUUCCGAGAUUUUUGUCCUCGAGGAAUUUAGCACCGCUCGGGAUUCUCGGGCCAUGAUGAUCGGUGUCGCAGGCUUCCGCCGGCACAUCGGCCAGCUCUUGAGUAGAAGCAACGGGUUUAUUGCGGCGUCCCUGUCCGCGGCGAGCUGCGCCGACGAGGCGGAGAAGGCCGAGGGGGCGGGGUGCCGGGACGACGCGGCGGCGCUGAGGCUCAAAUGGAUUGCCAUGGCGGCGAUACUGGUGUCCGGGGUGAUGGGCGUGGGCCUGCCGCUCGCGGGGCGGAAGCGGCGGACGGUGCAGACCGGCAGCGCUGUCUUCGUGGCCGCCAAGGCUUUCGCGGCCGGCGUGAUCCUGGCCACGGGGUUCGUUCACAUGCUGCACGACGCCGAGCACGCGCUCUCCAAUCCCUGCCUCCCGGCCGCGCCCUGGCGGCGGUUCCCGUUCCCGGGGUUCGUCGCCAUGCUCGCUGCUCUUGCCACGCUGGUGCUCGACGUCCUGGUCACCAGGUUCUACGAGACCAAGCACCGCGCGGAGGUAGCUCGGGUCAAGGCUGACGCCGCUGCCGCACUCGCCGCCGCGUCCACCUCCGCCAGCGACGAAGACAUCACUGUGGUCACCGUCGUCGAGAGUGAGCACAAGGUCCCGCUCUUGCAAGCCCACUCCCAUUCCCACGCGCAGUCGCAUGGUCACGAGCUGGUGCAACCACAAGGACGCGAGGGGGGGGUGUCAGACCACGUGCGCUCCGUCGUGGUAUCACAGAUACUGGAAAUGGGGAUUGUGUCGCACUCGGUGAUCAUUGGGCUGUCGCUUGGGGUGUCUCGGAGCCCCUGCACAAUCAGGCCACUGGUGGCAGCGCUCUCAUUCCACCAGUUCUUCGAGGGGUUUGCCCUCGGUGGGUGCAUUGCACAGGCUCAGUUUAAGAACCUUUCGGCAGUCAUGAUGGCGUCCUUUUUUGCCAUUACAACACCAACUGGUAUCGCCGCUGGGGCCGGUCUGUCCUCAUUUUACAACGCCAAUAGCCCCAGGGCUCUAGUGGUCGAAGGCAUCCUGGACUCUGUGUCGGCCGGCAUACUCAUAUACAUGGCGCUGGUGGAUCUAAUCGCAGCCGAUUUCUUGGGUGGGAAGAUGACAGGGUCACCACGGCAGCAAGUGAUGGCCUAUGUCGCCCUGUUCCUAGGUGCGCUCUCCAUGUCAUCGCUUGCAGUUUGGGCCUGAACCGGUUUAAUCAGAUGGAGGUAGCGGACGACGCCUACGUCCCAACAUACUGCCUGUGAUACAUGUACAUAACUAAUGCAUGUGCCUGUGUUCAUCUGAUUGCAUACAUACAUCAGAUAACGUGCCCUUGUUUUUGAUGGGCAUGAGAGAGAACAGCGCCGGAAACGCCUGAGCAUUGUGUAUAUAUGUGUAUACUCUUGCUAAAUCACCAAGCACUGUUGCUUUGGGGAGAUGUGUAACGACGACAGUGGUUUUCCUACCA